UUCUGUGUCAUUUGUUUUGCAGGAACUCUGAUGUAAACAUAUAACAUACAAAAUUGAAAAUAGUUGUAUUUAUCCUCACACAAUAGAAAAAUAAUUUCUUGUAGGCUAAACAAGGUACUUGAACUUGUUUGGAUUGCCAAAAAUUACUUGCAAGAGUUAACCUAAUUGAUGAAAACAUUGAAAUGAAAUGACAGAUGCUGUAGUGUCAUUUGUUUUGGAGGAACUCUCUAAAUUUGUAAAAGAAGAAGGAAAUUCACUGACAGGGAUUGAGAGAGAAUUCAAAGACAUCAAAUAUGAACUUGAGAGCAUUCAAGUUUCACUCAAGGAUGCAGACACAAAGGCUGCUGAUGAAGGAGGAGGAGGAGCCAACGAAGGAAUCAAAACUUGGGUGAAGCAGCUAAGAGAAGCAUCUUUUCGCAUAGAAGAUGUGAUUGAUGAGUAUGAGUAUAGCAAGUAUAUGGCAGAAAACAACAAUCAUUCUGGAUUUAUAGCCUCACUCCAAAUGAUUCCUAACAUUAUCAAGACCAUGAAUUCGCGGCACCAGAUUGCUUCUGAGAUACAAGACAUCAAGUUAUCACUUGGUGAAAUCAAAGAAAGAAGUCAAUGGUAUGCAGUUAAGUCUGAAAGUGGAUUAGAAAGUUAUAGAGGGGUUAAAGCUCCAAGAAUUGAUGAUACUCGAAUGGCUCCUUAUUUCAUUCAAGAGACUCAAGUUGUGGGGUUUGAGUCCCCAAAAGAUGAAUUGGUUAGAUGCUUGGUGGGGGGAACCAGUGAGCUCAUGUUGGUUUCUGUUGUUGGCAUGGGAGGAAUCGGGAAAACUACUCUUGCUAGCCAUGUUUUUCAAAACCAGGUUGUGAAAAACUACUUUGAUUGUCGCUAUUUCGUCACAGUUUCUCAAUCCUACACUCUGAGGGAGAUGUUGAUUGAUAUGGUAAAGAAGUUUUUCAUGGACAACAAUGAGCCUAUUCCCAAGUUUCUAUGGAAGAUGGAUAACAACACAUUGAUUACUCAUGUAAGGCAACAUCUUCAAUCAAAGAGGUACUUGCUUUUGUUUGAUGAUGUUUGGAAAGAAAGUUUUUCUGAUGAGAUUGAAGAUGCCUUAAUUAGUAAUGACAAAGGAAGUAGAAUCAUUGUGACCAGUAGAAUGAUGCAUGUAGCUGAAUAUUUUAAGAAAUCUUUUCUUGUUCAUAUUCACCACCUACAACCUUUGCCUCCAAACAAAGCGUGGGAACUGUUUUGCAACAAGGCAUUUAGAGGGCAGUGUCCAGCAGAGCUUGAGGAUAUUUCCAAUGAUGUUGUUCAAAAAUGUGGAGGGUUGCCAAUGGCAAUUGUGGCCACUGCAGGUCUUUUGUCAACAAAAGCUAAAACCGUGUUUGAAUGGAAAAAGGCGAGUAAAAAUCUGAGAAUGGAGUUAGAGCGCAAUGUGCAUUUGACAAGUCUAAUAAAGAUUUUAUCUCUAAGUUACGAUGAUUUGCCUAGCCAUUUGAAAUCAUGCAUGCUGUAUUUUGGUAUAUAUCCCGAGGACUACACCAUCACUACGAAGAGACUUACUCGGCAAUGGAUGGCUGAAGGGUUUGUUAGGUGUGAGGAAAGAAGGAAUCCGGAGAACGUUGCUGAAGAGUACUUGACAGAGUUGAUACAAAGAAGUUUGAUUCAUGUUUCCAAAGUUGGUUUUGAUGGGAAAAUCAAGAGUUGUCAAGUCCAUAAUUUGUUGCGUGAAGUGAUCCUUAGAAAAAUGCAAGAUUUAAGCUUUUGCCAUUUAAUGCAUGAAGGUGAUGAACAAGUCACAGUUGGAAUAACUAGGCGUUUUUCUAUAGCAUCUAUUUCCAAAAAUGUGUUGAGAAGCACAAGCAACUCAGGAAUUCGUGCUAUUUUUGUUUUCGACAAAGAUGAAUUAUCUAAAGAUUUCAUGGAUGGAUUGUCUGCAAAGUUCAAGCUUUUGAAAGUGCUUGAUUUCGAGAACUCCCUGUUGAAUUUUGUUCCUGAUAACUUGGGGAAUCUUUUCCAUCUGAAGUACUUGAACUUGAGCCGCACAAAAGUCACAGUUCUUCCUAGAUCAAUUGGUAAUCUAGUCAACUUAGAAAGCUUGGAUCUAAGGCAUACCACAGUUGACGAGUUGCCAAGGGAGAUAAACAAACUCACAAAGUUAAGGCUUCUUCCAGUUUAUUAUAGAAAAUAUGAUGAGCAUUAUUCUAUGUUGAACUUUACGACUGGGGUGCAAAUACAAGAAGGUAUUGGAUGUUUGAAAUCUUUGCAACAGCUUUACUUUUUAGAUGCAGAUCAUGGUGGAAUAGACCUUAUUCAAGAGCUCAAAAUGUUGAGAAAGUUAAGGAAGUUAGGCAUAAGACGUGUGCGGCAAGAAUAUGGAAAUGAAUUAUGUGCUACAAUACAAAAGAUGAACCAUCUUGAAUCUCUAUAUAUUACUGCUAUAGAUGAGGAAGUAAUUCUUGACUUGGAUUUUGUAUCAGCUCCACCUAAUCUUAAAGUACUCAACUUGGAAGGUAGACUAACAAAGUUGCCUAAUUGGAUUCCAAAACUCCAAUAUCUUGUGAAGCUAAGGCUUAGCUUAUCUAACUUUGAACAUGAUCCACUAGACACUUUGAAGAAUUUGCCAAAUUUGUUGAGGUUGAAUUUGUGGGACGAUGCAUUUUCUGGUGAUAGUUUACAUUUUUCAGUUGGAGGGUUUCCUAAGCUGAAGGAGUUGGAUCUCACAAGAUUAAAUAGACUAAGUUUUGUAUCUAUAGACAAAGAUGCUUUAGUUGAUCUUGAACACUUCAGAUUUAACAACAACCCUCAAUUGAAGGUGUUGCCCAAAGACCUCCAAAACCUGAAAAACCUUCAGUUCCUUGGAUUUGCUGAUAUGCCAGCUACAUUAGUUGAUAGCAUUAAUCCAGAGAAAGGUGGACCAUGCCAUUGGAUUAUCAAUCAUAUUCCCCUUGUGCGAAUUCGCCAAACAGUAGGAUCAAAAUUUCAUGACUAUAAGCUGUACUCCAUUCCUACUCAAUUUAAAGUCUGAAAUAUCAAGAUUCAAAUUCUCCAUGUCGCAGCUCACAAGAAGAUGCACCUUGUCUCUCUUCAUUCCUUCUAUGGUGUGCUUGAAUCGCUCAAUAAAUUAUUUCCUUGAAUUGAAUCAUCUGCUAUAUAAUCAAUCAAGGAAUGUGUAUAUUAAUUGACAAAAGGUUCUGGUUUUCUUUUUCUGUUUUUGUCAUUUGCUUUGUUGUUUAUUAUAGUUGUGCUGUGAAUACUUUUCUACAAACAGUAGAAUGCAUAUUUCUGUGGAUAUUUCAGAUUGCUAUGAAAGAUAGAUGCAAUUACGUUUCUAUUAUUUAUUGGAUAUGUUACAUCGAUGAAAUCUAUCAUUUGUAAA